UCGAGGCUGCGUUUCAGGCUCUCGAGGAGAUGCUUUCCUCGUCCCACCCUGAACUGGCUGCGUUUUUGGAGGAGAGUAUUAUGGGUCAGUGUGAGCCUUCAGGAAGUGAGCCUGUGAGUGUCGCAGUAGAAGAGAGAGCUUCACCUGGCAACAUGAGCUGUGGGAACAAUUCCCUCGAGCCAGAGGGCCCCGACGUCCAUCUGCUGUACCUUUCCAGAAGGGCUGCUCUGCGUGGGAGGAAGCUAGUGAGGUCCAGACCUGGGCCAGCCCUGGCAGGUGCUGAUGGCUGCAGCUCUGCUGGGCCAUGCCCUGACCGUUACCGUGACCACCACGAACUCCUUGUAAACCUCAAGAGUCUGAUGAGGGCCCACAUGGAGAAGCUGGCAGCUGGCGUGGAGGUGCCCAGCCACUUGCCCAGCCACUUCCAGCAGCAGUUGGGCACAGCACCGAAUGGGGACCUGCUGCAGUCACCCUCGACCCUUGGCAAGGCCAACAGGACCGCCACACUGCAGAAUUGUUCAGUCCCCAAUCCUGUGACUGGCAGUGCUUGUUCUGCAGCUUUGACCAACACCAGCAGCAGUGAUUUCCAGGGAGAAGUCAGACUUGAUAUUGCGUGUCAGCUGCUGGAGGAGAUGUUAUCAUGCAAUCCAGAAGUGGCUACUUUUUUGGAGGAGAGUAUUAUGGGUCAGUGUGAGCCUUCAGGAAGUGAGCCUGUGAGUGUCGCAGUAGAAGAGAGAGCUUCACCUGGCAACGUGAGCUGUGGGAACAAUUCCCUCGAGCCAGAGGGCCCCGACGUCCAUCUACUGUACCUUUCCAGAAGGGCUGCUCUGCGUGGGAGGAAGCUAGCAAAGGAGAGCCUGUGAAAAUGGGCAACCUGGGAUACCUCUGUAUAUAGUUGUAUUUAUAGAUGUAUAUGGUUGUAGGUAUAUGGAUAUUUAGAUAGGUAUAUUGAUAUUUGUGUAUUUACGUAUAGACAGUACAG